AUGUCACCCCCACGCUCGUCGGACUUGGCCACCGGCCGCCAGGCUGCCGUUGUUCUCGUGACGGACCGCCUAGAAAAGCCUUUGCAUGACCUUCGUGACUACCGCGUUGUCCGUCUCGAGAACGAGCUCGAGGUGCUUCUCGUUCACGACCCCGAGACCGACAAGGCCAGUGCUGCCUUGGACGUCAAUGUCGGCAACUUCUGCGAUCCCAGAGAAAUGCCUGGUUUGGCACAUGGUGUAGAACAUCUUCUAUUCAUGGGCACAGCCAAGUUUCCCGGCGAAAACGAAUACGGCCAGUACUUGUCUGCGAACUCGGGUAGCUCCAAUGCCUACACGACAUCUACUUCGACAAACUACUACUUCGAGGUUGCGGCCUUGCCUGCCAACAAUGACGAGCCUUCAGCCACCAAUCCGUCACCGCUCCUCGGCGCCCUUGACCGUUUUGCGCAGUUCUUCAUUGCGCCUCUUUUUCUGGAAAACACGGUGGACAGAGAGUUGCAGGCGGUCAACGAAGAGAACAACAAGAACCUACAAAACGAUAUUUGGCGCUUAUACCAAUUGAGCAAAUCACUGGCAAAUCCCGAGCACCCGUAUAGUCAAUUCUCUACAGGCAACCUGCGGGUGCUCAAGGCGAUACCCGAGUCCCGAGGGAUCAACGUUCGUGAAAAGUUCCUCGAGUUCCACGCCAAGCACUACUCUGCCAACCGAAUGAAGCUCGUCGUUCUUGGCCGCGAACCACUUGAUGUAUUGCAGAAAUGGGUGGUGGAGCUCUUCUCGGGCAUUGAAAACAAGAAUUUGUCUCCAAACAGGUGGACUGAGGAACCCGUCUAUCGUGAGGCCGACCUGGCCACACAGUGCUUUGCCAAACCAGUCUUGGACUCGAGAACACUUGUUCUGAUGUUCCCCUCUCUUGACGAGGAGACCAUGUUUGAGACGCAACCGGGCAGAUACAUUAGCCAUCUCGUGGGGCACGAAAGCCCCGGCAGCCUCAUGUCAUACCUCAAAACCAAGGGCUGGGUCAACAGUAUAUCCAGUGGUGCGCACCCUGGCCUGGAUCACUACCCUCAAAUCACCAACAUCUUUUUCCAGUACGUUGCAAUGCUACGGGAAUCUCCUCCGCAGGAAUGGAUAUUCGAGGAGCAGAAGAGGGUGGCCGAGUUGGACUUCAAGUUUGCACCAAAGGUAUUCGCUAGCAAAUUCACGAGUUCAGUCAGCUCUGUCAUGCAGAAGCCCCUGCCCCGUGAGUGGCUGCUAAGUGGACAAAGCCGAUUGCGGACUUUUGACCCUUCGCUUAUUGCAAUGUUUUUGGAAAAGUUGCGCCCAGAGAACAUGAGACUCGUGGUUGUUUCCCGAGAGUUUCCAGGAAAUUGGGAUGAGACAGAACAGUGGUACGGAACAGAGUACCGUUACGAGAAGAUACCUUCAAGCCUCAUGUCCGAUCUCCAAGCAGCCAUGCAGAUGCCUAAAAGCAGGCGUCUCCCCGAAUUAAGAUUGCCGCGCAAGAACGAAUUCAUCCCUGACAGCCUUGAGGUGGAGAAGAAGGAGGUCUCAAAGCCUGCCUUGGCUCCAUGGGUCUUGCGGAAUGACCAAGGAGCGCGGACUUGGUGGAAGAAGGACGAUACAUUUUGGGUUCCCAAAGCAUAUGUCUGUGUUUGCUUGCAAAACCCCAUCAUCUUUGCGUCUGCGGAGAACAGCGUCAAGGCAAGCCUUUUCAGUCGGCUCGUCCAAGAUGCCCUCCAAGAAUACUCAUACGAUGCUCAGCUUGCCGGACUGGAUUAUAUCGUCUCGCUCAGUACGCGAGGUCUUGAUAUCAGGAUCUCUGGAUACAAUGAGAAACUUGCCGUCUUGCUCAAGCAGGUGGCCAUCACUAUGAGAGACCUCGAUAUCGAAGAGGAGCGCUUUCGCAUCGUCCACGAGCAACUUGUCCGUGCUUACGAAAACUCGCACCUUGAGCCAGCUUAUAGAUUAACAGGAGGCUAUCUGACUUGGCUCAACGCCGAUACCUUUUACACGAUAGACGAAAAGGCUGAAGAGCUAAAACACGUCACCGCGGAUGCUGUGCGACUUUUCCAAAAGCAGAUAUUGUCUCAAUUGUACAUUGAAGUAUACGCUCUUGGCAACCUGCAGAGAAGCGACGCUGUCGAGCUGACCGAUAUGGUCGAGUCUACGCUCAGGCCUCGCCCUCUGCCUCGAUCCCAGUGGCCGAUUAUACGCUCCCUGAUACUUCCCCGUGGCUCCAAUUACGUGUACAGGCGUGACCUCAAGAAUCCUCAAGAUGUCAAUCACUGUGUUGAGACAUGGUUUUACGUUGGCGAACAAGGCGACCGUCAACUCAGAGGAAAGACUCUUCUUAUCGAACAAAUGAUGCGGGAGCCUGCUUUUGACCAGCUCCGCACCAAGGAGGCGCUUGGCUAUGUCGUCUUCACAGGCAUCCGGAACUUUUCCACUACAACUGGGCUCCGAUUAUUGAUACAGAGCAACAAGAAGCCCAAGUACCUCGACAGACGAAUUGAGACAUUUUUGGCCCGAUUUGGACAGAAGCUUGAGCAAAUGAGCGAUUGCGAAUUCGAGAGCCACAAGCGAAGUUUGUUGGUGAGGUGCCUAGAGAAAUUACGUGAUCUGGGCCAGGAGGCGGCGAGACACUGGAUCCAGAUUGAAUCCGAAUACUACGAUUUCGAGCUAGCCCAGCACGAUGCAGACGACGUUACGACGCUUACGAAAACACAAAUGGUGCAGUUCUACAAGACAUUUUUUCACCCCUCUUCAAGCACUCGCUGUCGCCUCUCACUGCACCUCAAGGCACGUGGCCUGGAUACCAAGGUGGUGGAAAUAUUAAACGAGGCUGGUGUUGUGGAUGUUCCGAAAAAGAAACGGAAAAGCUUGGACGUCGUACGCGGAUAUCUGAAAGAGAGUAGGGCUCUGGAGGGCGAAAAACUAAAUGGGAUCAUUUCCAAACUAAUGCAGUGCGGACUUGCCCAGACCUCGGACACUGCGGCGACAAAUGGGUCUACGGAAGACAGCAGCGCAGUCGAAACAGCUCAAGUCAUUACCGAUGUACGCCAGUUCAAAGCUAGUCUGCAAGCCAGCCCAGGCGUACGUCCUAUCAAGCAGAUUAGCGAGUUUAAGGAGACGGAUGCCAAACUAUAA